AUGAAAGAACUCGUAACUUUGGACACUCCGGACAAAGCUAGUGUGCAAGUGGUCAUACUCCUCGAUCCAGACAACCAUGAGAUCUGUUUCGUUGGUGAUAAGGGAUUCCGUGAGCUCAGCAAAGUUGACCCGAAAGCCGAUGAGCAUAUUCGCAAAGAGAUUGAGCAAGAUAAUAGCGCCAGCUGGUUUGCACAAGGAAAAAAGCAGGUUUAA